AUGUCCGCAACAACUGGUGGCUAUGUUGUCUAUGAUUGUGACAUUGGCAAUGAUGAUGCCUGGGGCCUCUUGAUGCUGAUCAAGGGUGAACGACUAUUUCACAAGCUCUCCCUAACCGGACAACAAUUUGAAGGGAUAUCCAGUCGUCGCCCCUAUAAAAUAUUGGGUAUUACUUGUGUCCAAGGCAAUACCACUGUGGAUAAUUGUGCCAAAAAUGCCCUAAGGGUACUCGAAAGUGUUGAUCGAUUGGAUAUUCCCGUCUACAAAGGCUGUACAAAUCCCAUAUUACCACGCACAUGGACACGCGAACGUCUCUUUCAUGGUCAGGAUGGUUUUGGUGAUAUACCCGAUUUGCCCGAAGUCACUAAUGCCAAGGCCCAGAAGGAACAUGCCGUCAAUAUGAUGUAUUCGUUUGUGUGUCAGCAUCCCAAAAUGGUAGACUUCCUGCUGGUGGGACCUCUCACCAAUUUCGCCAUGUGCAAUAAUAUGUAUGGUUCGGAUUUCUUGGAUAAAGUUGGAAAUAUUUGGAUAAUGGGUGGCAAUUAUAGGGGCAAAGGCAACAUCACAAAAAGUGCCGAAUUCAAUUUCAUGAUGGACCCCGAAGCUGCCCACAUAGUUUUGGAGUCGGUGGAUAAACCCAUAUCUCUACUGCCAUGGGAAACCUGUAUUGAUGGUGAUAUGAAUUUGGAAAUGGACUGGCGCCUAAACAUCCUUGGUAAAGUCGAUUCCAAAGCCAUACGCCUCAUGAACGCUGUGGAAGAGGCAAUUUUAGUUUCCAAAGGUUUCGUUCGUUGGAUUGUCUGCGAUGCUGUGUUGGUGGCCGCCUAUUGUUUCCCUCAGCUGGCCAUAACACGUAGCCGCCUCUAUCAUGCUACAGUGGAGCUGAAUGGCACCCAUACACGUGGUCAAAUGGUACUCGAUCAUUUGAGACGUAAUAAGGAGAAUACUUGUGUCAUCUUGGAGAUACAUAAGCAACAUUAUAAGGAUAUUAUUUCAUGGGCCGGUGGCCUAUAUACAGAUAAUGAAAUUAUUGAGGUUAUGAAGGUGUGAGG